CCACUCUAGGGUUUCCUUUUUUCCUUCUUCUUAUUCUUUCUCUCUCUAAAUCUCUUACUUUUGCUCUCUAAAUCUACACCCUUUAUCUGUGAUCAUGGCCACCUCUGAUCAAGUUGCAGAUUCACUGGAGAACUUGUCUCUGGAUUCACAAGCCAAGACCACAAAAAUUCCUGAUCCUGUCAAAAAGGAUUUUUACAGUGAUAAUGGCUCUUACAUGUACCAGCAAACUUAUGGUUAUAUGCCAUAUGGGGCAUAUUCCAUUCCCAGUUCACCUCUUCCUCCUAUGGUACAUGAUGGUCAGCUGCAUGCGCUGCAAGAAUACUAUUAUCCAAGUCCUUAUUACCAACCACCUCUGCAAACUAGUCAAGUCAAUGCUUCUCAAGUGGAGGUUUCAACUUUCGGUAUAGCUGAUCAAGCUUCCUUAUCCAUUGAAAAAAAUAAAGGAAAUUUGAGCACCAUAGCAAGUGGUGGGGUUUUGAGUUGUAAUAAUGGGUCAGGGUCAAUAAAAUCUACUUUCAAGAACUCUCCUCUGAAUCCCAAUGCUACCUAUAAAAGAGUAGGCUUCCCAACAGGUAAUCUAGCCCAAGGUUAUCAGGAUCUAAGAUUUAGCUAUGAUGGGAUCCAGUCAACAAUUCCUUGGUUAGAUAUGUCAAUGUCUUCUAAUGGGCAAUCCGAAUAUACUGCAAAUGAUGGAUUCUCUUCUUAUGCAAAUAACCAUUCAUCUGGAAGGAAUCAGAACCUUCAUCCCUUCCCUCAUGUCAUGAAUAUGCACAAUGCAAGAGCACCAUCAGGUGUAGCCCAAUCAUUUGGGUACAUGAACCACAUGUACCCUAACAACAUGACCUACGGUCAAUAUGGAAAUGCCAAUAGAGGUGGUUCUGGUUUCGGAUCAUAUGGCUAUGAUGCCCAGAGGAAGGGAUUGGGGUGGUAUAAUGGUGGUAACAACAACAAAUCUAGGGGUGAUGGUUAUGGAAAAGAGAAUAUUGAUGGUUUAAGUGAGCUGAACAAAGGACCUAGAGUAAAAGGGCAUAAGAACAAGGAUGGUUUUGGAACUGCAAGAACAGCUGUCAAAGAUCAAAACCUUCCAUUGACUGAGAGCAAUAAGGAGAAUAGUGUUUCUGUUAUUCCAGAUAUGGAGCAGUAUAAUAAAGAAGAUUUUCCUGAGAGUUAUUCAGAUGCAAAGUUUUUUGUUAUUAAAUCCUAUAGUGAGGAUGAUGUCCACAAAAGCAUCAAAUACAAUGUGUGGGCUAGUACAUCUAAUGGCAACAAGAAACUUGAUGCAGCAUUCCGUGAGGCCAAGGAGAAGCCUGAUGGGUGUCCUGUAUUUCUGUUGUUCUCAGUUAAUACCAGUGGACAAUUUGUUGGAUUAGCAGAGAUGGUCGGCCAAGUUGAUUUUAACAAAACUGUUGAAUACUGGCAACAAGACAAGUGGACUGGUUGCUUCCCUGUGAAGUGGCACAUCAUUAAGGAUGUGCCAAACGCUUCACUGAGGCACAUAACACUUAAGAACAAUGAGAACAAACCUGUCACCAAUAGUAGGGACACACAGGAGGUUAAUUUUGAGCAGGGGAUUCAAAUUCUCAAAAUUUUUAAGGAUCAUUCCAGUAAUACUUGCAUUCUUGAUGAUUUUGAAUUUUAUGAGGCUCGUCAAAAGACAAUCCAAGAGAAAAAGGCCAAGCAUCAGCUGAUACAAAAACAGAUUUCAAUUGGGGAGCGUAAUGAUGAUGUUGUGACUGAUAACAAAGAAAAUGCAGCUAUAGCAAAGCAGACAUUGGAAAAAUCUGUAGAGGCAGCCUUGAUAGAACCAACCUUUGCAUCAACAGCAGAACUAGUAAAGGCAAAUGGAGAUGUGAAACCCAUAGGAGAGAAGGGAUCAGUUGCUGCAACUGAAGAUGGGCCUACAGAAUCAGUUUGCGUCAUGAGUGCUUGCUAAUUGGCUUCUUAGAUAUGGAAUAGGAUUGUAAUUUUGGUUGGUUAUUAACAAGUUAGCUAAUUCUUUUCUUAUAUUUUGAGUCUCUUUAAUUAGCUGGGACUGGUCUAUAGCUUAUUCCUUAGGAGGUAGCACCUUUCAGAAUUUCCUUACAGCAAAGUAGCUGGCAUAGUGAGACAGAAUGCGACUAUUCAAUAGCCUCUUGAGGGUUUUUUUUUUUUUUUUUUUUGUCAUCUGUUUUCCCUUUUUAAUGAGAAAGAGUUGAGGAAGAAGAAAAAUGCCUAAGGAGAAAAAUGCUACUCCUAUUUGGAUCUUGCAUUUGAUGAAGACAUGGUUUUUGUGUUUUACUUAAAAUUUCUAGUAUAUGGAAAUAAAAGAGCAGUAUUAGAGA